AUGAUGUCCUUCUUUCUGAAGGGCACAAAUAUUAAAAGAUUAUUCAAGUGGCCAUUGAGAAGAGAAUCAACACUUUCAACACAUCUGCUUGCUGAAAUUCCGCCUGAAGUAGAGUUAUCGGACUACCAGAGACUACCAAGCUCUGAUUGUGAGAGCCCAACAGGACUUCUCCAUGGGGAGGACUUCAAGGCUGAGCUGAUUCCUGAUUUGGAUAUUUUCUUUGAGAGACUGUAUGAAUAUUUCUGUGAAAAGGGUUUAAGAUGCAUUAUCACCAAGUGGAUAAUCGAGAUCCUUAAUGUUACAUUUAUGGUAUGUGCUAUUGGUUUCUUCUUCUUGUUUGUUGACUGGGAUGCCCUUGGCCAUUUGAAAUGUGGAGUGGAAGCACUUGAGAUAGGUGAUAAACCAUGUGACCUAAUGAAUGUCAUCAAGAAUGACCCAUUAGUUCCGUUCACAUAUGUGAAGAUUAUCACUACUGGAUCAAUGGUUAUAUUGACGACAUAUGGAAUUAUUAACUUAAUCAAGUUCUUUGUAAAAUUGAGAAGCAUACUCAAUGUUCGUGACUUCUACUAUAACAGUCUUAAGGUCACAGAUCUGGAGAUUCAAACUAUAUCAUGGCCCAAAGUAGUUGAGAAGGUUGUCCUCCUUCAGAAGUCACAACAACUUUGCGUUGUUAAGGAUCUUUCAGAGCAUGAUAUUAUCAUGAGAUUAAUGCGGAAACAGAACUAUUUAAUUGGGAUGGUCAAUAAAGGCAUUAUUGCAUUUCCGGUUGCCUGUUGGCUGCCUGGAGUAGGACCAACUGUCAGUUCGCGUUUCCAUGGAAGGAAAAGCUAUCUGAUGCUUCCAAAGACGCUAGAGUGGGCAUUAAAUUGGUGCAUCUUUCAUAGCAUGUUUGAUAGUAAAUUUUGUGUCAGGAAAGACUUUCUAACAGGCCCAUCUGUUUUGACAAAGCGACUUGUAUUUAUGGGCAUUGCAAUGCUUUUGCUGUCACCCUGCCUUACCAUCUUCCCAUUGGUAUACAUGUUACUGAGACAUGCUGAAGAAUUCUACAAUAAUCCCAGUACAGCAUCAUCUCGACGAUGGUCGAAUUUGUCAAGGUGGAUUUUGCGAGAGUACAACGAGGUUGAGCAUUUCUUCAGACAUAGGAUGGACAAUUGCACUCUUCGCUCUUUAAAUUAUUUAAAGCAGUUUCCAACUCCAUUAAUAUCUAUUGUUGCAAAAUUUGUAUCAUUUGUAUCUGGUGGCUUGGCUGGAAUUCUUCUCAUCCUUGGAUUCCUGGGGGAAUCUAUUCUUGAGGGACAUGUUUUCGGCCGAAACCUUUUCUGGUAUACUGUUGUUUUUGGAACUAUAGCAACUGUAAGUCGUAAAGUUGUGGCAGAUGAGCUUCAAGUGAUUGACCCAGAAGGAGCCAUGACCCUUGUUGUCCAACAUACACAUUACAUGCCAAAAAGAUGGCGUGGUAAAGAGAGCAGUGAAGUUGUGCGGAAAGAAUUCGAAACUCUAUUUCAGUAUACCAUAACGAUGCUUUUGGAAGAGAUGGCCUCGAUUUUCAUCACUCCUUACUUGCUAAUAUUUGUGCUUCCAAAGCGUGUCAAUGAUAUUUUGUGCUUCAUUUCUGAAUUUACAAUUUACGUAGAUGGAGUGGGAGAUGUUUGCAGCUUAAGCUUGUUUGACCUCCGAAGACAUGGAAAUAGAAACUAUGGUUCACCACUUGAUUCAUUAAAAGAUAUGAGGAGCUCCCAAGGGAAAAUGGAGAAAUCAUUAUUAAGUUUCCAAAGCACAUAUACAUCAUGGCAACCAAAUCCAGAUGGCAAGCAGUUUUUGUGCAAUCUCCAGAGAUUCAAGGAAAAGCAAAUCCGCAAAUAUACUUUUCAACAAACAAUGGAAGAUUCACAACUCUGGUCGAGUAGUAGAGGUCAAAGUGGCAACAUUUUGCAUCGGCUGCGCCCCAGAGAUGUUUUUCCAGGCAUUGGGAUUAUUUAUAACUUAUUAAAUCCAUUAGGACUGCUUGACACAGAUCAAAGAGCUUAUCCAUAUAUCCUGGACUGGUAUUACACAUGCCACUCUGAACGUUCAGGCAGAGAUUUGGACUCAUAUUCCCACCAUGAUGAAGCAUCCCCUGAAUCGGGGGAGGAUAUAUGGCUGCCACCUAUGAGCAAGCCACUAACUGAUAUUGAAGAGGAGCAAAUCUGGGAUUCUAAUUUGUAUGAAAGAGCUCGAAGCCACUUGGAAGCAUCAACAACGAGUGCGUUCUUUCAACGUACCACUUUCAAGCACCAGGACAGUGAACAUAAUUCUACAAGCUGCCCUUGGUGGGCCCAGGCCUCUGCACGCCAAACUGAUCCACGAGACAGAUUUUCUGAGCCACCUUGCGACAGUUUUAUUGAGCCUCUAGACUUUGCAAAUCACUACACAUCUGCCCAUUCUUCCAGCCAGCACAGUGAUUGGGCACUGAAUUAUGCACACCUUACUGGUUCACAGGACAAUUUCCAUGAACCGCCGAACUUUGGCAAUCACUAUCAUUCUAGCUAUCACAGCAACAGUGGGUCAGAGGAGGGAAACAGAGAGCGAGAUCAAAAGGAUAACAGAGCUAACGGUAGUUGGACAAGCCCACAGGCCAUGUCCAAGACAAGGUUCAUGGAUGAUGAUCCCGACCUAGAGCACGGCCUGAGUUUCCAUUUCGCUGAUGUCCCUCGGAACAAUGAUGGAUAUGAAGAUGAAGAUGACGGCAACAGAGUAGGCAGUAACUGUAGCUCUAUGCUUGCCAGCCUUCGUGUACGGAUUGUACCUAGGAGCAGUGACCCAAUUUAG